AUGCAUACAUUCUAUGGGCACGAUGGUAUCAUUACUAGCCUUGAUUUGAACGGACCCUAUGGAACUAUGGUAACAGCUUCGAGGGACAAGACGACACGUGUGUGGGAUCUGACAACCUUUAAAUGUCUUGGUCAACUUCCUGGACAUGAGGACUAUGUAGAAUGUAUGCAACUUGCUCAGCACACGUUGGUCACAGGAUCGAGAGAUAAUACAAUCAGGACAUGGAAUUUGGCAGAUCUGAAUCAUGCUCGUCAUAACUCUCGAUCAUCAUCACCCUCACCGUCCGAGUCUAGUAUUCGUUCCGGCCAUAUCAACGGAAAAUCGGCUGAUAUGGAAAGUGAGGACUAUUCACGGUCAUCAAUAGAGACCGUUGAGGUCUUGAACAGUUGUUGGACAAGCACACUCGUCGGACAUACUGGACAUGUGACAUGCCUGUACUAUGAGGAUGAAAAACUGCUUUCUGGAUCGAAUGACAAGACAAUUAAAGAAUGGGACAUGACCACAGGUCAAUGUGUUUUAACUAUGGAUCUUCUCUGGGCUAUGGGCACUUCAAAUACAUGGUCGGACUGGAUGACUGAGACACCGGAUCAGAGCUAUGUCGGGGGUCUUCAGUUCUGGCAGUGUGCGCUUUGCAGUGGAACCAUUGACGGAGCUAUCCGCAUGUGGGAUCUCCGAACAGGUCAAUCGCAUAGGACGCUAGCUGGUCACACUGGCCCUAUAACGUCUUUGCAGUUUGAUGAGUAUCAUGUAGUCAGUGGAAGUAUGGAUAGGAGCGUGCGGAUAUGGGAUCUCAGGACUGGAGCUAUUCAGGAAAUUUUGCAGUAUGAUGAUCCAGUACGGAGCUUGCAAUUCGACGCCUCUAAAAUUACUAUUGGAUCUGGAGAGAGUCUCAAGAUUUAUGACAGAGUAUCACAGCAGCAUUCGUAUUACACUGGGCACACUAAUACGGUGGAAAGCGUACGGUUCAAUGACUCUGUUAUCAUUUCAGGAGGCCAAGACUCGACAGUAAGAUUAUGGAGUCGGUAG